CACUUCCCAUGAUUCUCUGCUGUCGUGGGCGAAGGAAGCUGAACCAAUGAAGAGGGGCUAGUUGCCUUUAGUUGAUUACAUCUAGAUUUUAUCAAAUGAAUAUCGCCGUUUAUUUAUUUGUAAAAUAUCCUCGUGAAUAGAAAACGUUUGUGUCCUCUUGAGAACGUGUCUUGCUCGGACGCAGUGUUUUUGUCAAACAGGAAUCAUCCUAAAUAAGAGAAGAGACCUAGUGAAUGGCAGACUGCGAAAGAGAAACAAAGAUGGUGUUUGAGCUGCCAAUCCACUAAACUCUGCGAGAGAAGACAUCUGAUGAGAAAUUACUGCAACCUAACAGAUUCCAGCAUGGGAGACAAGGCAAAUGGCUCUGUUGACACAAAAAGCCCAGUGGAGAACGGACAGCUGCCGGACCCUGCAAACUGGGGGGUUGCCGACGUUGUCAACUACUUCAAAGCAACAGGGUUCGAGGAGCAAGCGACGGCUUUCCAAGAUCAGGAAAUUGAUGGCAAGUCUCUGCUGCUGAUGACCCGAAACGACGUCCUGACGGGGCUGUCGAUAAAGCUAGGCCCUGCACUGAAAAUCUAUGAGUAUCAUGUGAAGCAGCUGCAAACCCAACACCUGAAGAGCAAUGCCUCUUAGCACCCCCGCUCAGAGGAAUUUUUAUGUUCCCACCUGUGGUGCUUUCAGUAUUGUCAAAUAGACAGCUGUUUAAAUUGUGUAUGACCAAUGAAUAUGUGUAACAUAACACUGGAGAUUGACCAUCUGAAUCAAAGAUUUGCAAUAAAUGGUGCUCUUUUCUCACAAAAGAACAAUAUUAGUAAAGUCCUUUAUUUCAUUAUAUUUACUUACAGAUAAAGCCAGAAUCAUGUUCGGAUAUCUUGAGUUGUAGUUGUUAUUCGGAAAUAUUUAAAAGUUAAUAUUUUGUUGUCAGAACUUUACUAUUAUUUGAUCAAGUAGCUUAUUUAGAUUGACAUGUAAACCA